AUGGACUCCGCCGACGAGUUCUUUUUCCACAAUUUCAUGUGCGACUCCGGCGAUUCCUCAUCCGAUGAUGAUGAGGAGAUGUUGGUUGCCGUGUUGGUCCAUGACCACCUUAAUAGGCAGCGGCCAUUGUUCCGGGGCUCGAUCCCGGGGCACAUUCCAGCGUUGAAUCGCAACCGAGAGAGCGGCCAUUUCCUUCUUUGGAAGGACCACUUUGAUACAACCAACCCGCUGUUCAAACAUCAGAAAUUCCGGUGUUUCAAUAUGGCUAGGCAUCUUUUCAACCGUAUUAGAGAGGGGGUGGUCGGAUACGAUAAUUAUUUCGAGUGCAAAGAGGAUGCCCUUGGAAAGAUUGGCUUCUCAUCUUAUCAGAAAUGCAUUGCAGCCAUCCGGAUGCUUGCAUACGGAGUGUCCGGAUAUCUCAUUGAGGAGUACGUCUGUAUGAGCGAGCCUACAUGCCUAGAGUCCAUGUACAGGUUCUGUAAAGUUGUGAUUGUUGUGUUUGGCCUUGAGUAUUGGAGAGAGCCGACUGCUCAAGAUACAACUCGCUUGUUGGCGGUGAAUGCCAGCAGGGGCUUCCUAGGGAUGCUUGGUGGCAUAGACUGCAUGCACUGUGGGAGUGGAAGAACUUCCCUUCUGCUUGGCAAGGGCGGUGUAAGAGCCAUGUCAAGGGUUGCACUGUCAUACUUGAGGCUUGUCGAAGGCAACAACCCACCGGUGAAUGUUAACAUUAAUGGCUACAAUUACGACAAAGGAUACUACCUGGGUGAUGGUAUCUAUCCUCAGUGGACCACUACUGUGAAGACAAUCCCCAACCCUGUCAGAGAGAAGAGGAAAUGA